UUUUUUUUUUUUUCCGGGAAUCAGUGAGUCAACUGAGGACUUCUUUUGGUGGGGCAAGAAGAAGCUUGUCUGGAUCUGAACUGUUGCUGUCCUAAAGUUUCAGCAAGUGGAGCAGCUCAGAAGAUCGCAGGAACUUCUGGACGUGGAACAUGGCUUCUUCUAACGUGGCUUCUUCCGCUGUGUCCUACACCCCGGGAAAUAUGAUGGUGGUCACCCACGUGAUCCCGGUGGCUCCCAACGAGGAGCAGCAGACGCUGCUGAAUAGAAGACACAAGUUCAGGAAGGUACAUCCUAAGGCGCUUGGGACCGUUCAGAUCAUGAUUGGCGUGUUGACACUGCUGUUUGGGAUCGCGACGGCUGUCCACAUACCUUCACUGGGAGUCUUAAGCGGGAUCUUUGUGUGGGGAGCUUUGAUCUACAUCGCCUCUGGAUCUGUGACGGUGGCUGCUGAGAAGCAUUUGAGUCGUUGCCUGAUCAUCGCCUCUCUGGUGCUCAACAUUGUAGCAGCAGUUAUUGCUACAGCUGGUGUCGUCCUCUUUGCACUGGAUCCUGUAGUCUUGUGCUUCCACUAUUGUGGAUAUUCGAUCGUGGUGGCUGUGUUCCAGUUCCUGGAGCUCAUUGUUUCAAUCACCAUGGCAGCAUACGCCUGUACUGCAACCUGCUCCUACUGCUGCACAGAGCCGCAAGUCUUCAUUCAAGCUGCAGAAGGUCCCACUCAGGCCCCGCCCCAUUUCCAAGAAGCAUCUGUUGCCCCCGCUGAGCCAUAUCCACAGGUGAUGCCCAACUUUAAAGACCCAGGGGAUCUGGGUUCUGCUGAGCCUCCAGCUUACCAGCCUAACUGACCCACACACAUCAACUCUGAUCCUUGCAAAGCUGCUGCUUGAGCUUGUUUUUUCUUUUUCUGCAACCUUAAAGAUAUAUCAAUGACAAAUGUGGAAACAGAUGAACUACAAAGGGCAAAAAAAAAUGAGACCAGACUUUCAUUGAAUGUAUUUGUAGAAGCUUUGCGGUGGUAAAUGUGGAUUCCACUUGACUGUUUUUUUUUUUUUAGAUUAAGGGAGAACGUGUAUGACGGUCGAUAUAUGAGUGCAAGCUGCAAAGUGAUAUAUCAUUGCUGAAAUGCUAUGUGUCAGACAGCAAUUUGAACAUCAAUGUGCAAAGUGGAUUUAGUUUGAGGCUAUUAAAAGAAAUUAAAAAUGCUUCAGUUCAGUUAA